AUGGCCUCAGACAGAACGACGGGUAACCCGCUCAGCGCCGGGUCGCUCUCGCUAUUCAUGGCGACAGCCCUACCCCGAGGCGAGAAUGCAAAGCUCAAGAAUGGAACCGAAGCCAUCGCACUCGCAGUACAUGCUGGUAUGCUAGCAGUAGGCUUCAGGCUAGUAGGCCUUGGUGAAGAUGAACGGAUAGAAGCAUAUGCAGACGCCGAGAACCCCAACACACUCCCCACAACCUGGAACACCUCCUCGCUAUACACAUUCCGCUACAAGCAUGCACAGUCAGCCAUAGAUUACCAUAUCAACGUCCAUACGCUGGACGGCAAAGCAGCUGUCUCUGCGGUAGCCAGUGGCGACGAUUCACCGAAAAACUUCGAUGUCACAGCCAAAGAGUACCUCUCAGAGUCCAUGCUCCCUUUGAGCAUACCGAAAGACGUGUCGACAGAAGACGCUGCGAAGAAGCUUAUGAACCUUUUCAUCUCGUCAGGCCGCCUAAACGACCUCGGCGCGCUGCUAAAGGCUAAGGUCAUCCAGAAGCUGGCGUCUAGCCUGCAGAAAGCCGGCUACGAAGAGGACAGCGUUACUUCGAGCACACGAGACGGUCCAGCACGCGACGACAACUCAACCCCACGACAGCCGCAAGAUCCCGAGCCAGCCCGACCAUAUCCUUUCAACGACCCACUAGCCGUACCGCAACAACCUGGCAGACCACUGCCUGAACCCAUACCUGGCUUCGAAGACGAACACGAAGUCAACCGACCACCACGUGGUGGGCUGCGAGACGACAGAUACCCUGUAGGCAUAGGUCAUGACGAUCUAUAUCCUCAAGGCUUAGGGCCAAACGAUCCCCUUCGCCCACACCUCGGUGGUGGCUUCGGCGGCGGUAUGCAUCCCACAUUCGACGACCCUCUUUUCCGUGGACAAGGUGGACAAGGUGGACAAGGAGGAUAUGACUCUAUGGCGCCUCCAGGCGCACGAUAUGAUCCUGUAGGGCCAGGUGGUGCGCCAAGAGACAACCGUCGUGGAGGCCCUACAUUUCCUGGUGGAGGAGGCUUGGGUGGCCCGCCGAACCCAUUUGGAGGGUUUGGAGGGAACGACUUCAUAUGA